GCAAACCGAGAGACACGGAAACGCCCCACACCUGACUCCCCCUAACUGUCACCACACCUCUGGAGAAACAUCUGAACUAAUUCAACAGGGCAAAGGCAGAAGUAGCUGGAGGGACCAAAAGCAUCUGUGAUUUGUUUGUGGAAGUAUAGCGCGCGCUCAUGGCGGCAGCUCGGCUGCUUUAGGAGGGUACUUCAGUGGAUUUUAGUGGGAAAAACUAAAUGAUGUCAGACAGAAUAAUGGAUACACUCAGACUGUCCGCUGCUCUUCUUCUACUUCUGUCUUUAUUUAGCUGUGGAAGGGCUAUACAGUUUCCCGACUCCCAACUGACCCGCAAAUGGGCAGAACAGAUGCAGGAGGAGCUUGUGCAGUUGAUCGAUGCUGAGAGCGGCAUACAUAAGCUCAAAGAAAUUUUCAAGGAUUUGCACAAACACUAUACUGUGAAGCAAAACAACGCUGAACAGCUGGUGGCAAAAGCUGCGAGUGAAAUCGAAAAACUUCUUGCCAGCCGCUCCAAAGCUCUAGAGGCGCUGGCGACUGCUGCGGAGAAACUACAGAUGGAACACCAGUGGAAGGAUGACCUUGACGUGAAUGAGACCAUCUACUACAAUGCCAAGGACAAGUUUCACAUUAAUGACACGGAAAUGAUCCAAAACCGGGUCCGACCAGAAUUCAAAGAGGAUCCUGCUUUCAAACGCCUUGUUUCAUACAAUACGACAGCAGUGCACAUUCCCACAGAUAUUUAUGAGGGCUCCACUAUAAUCCUGAAUGAGCUAAACUGGACUGCGGCUUUGGAUGAGGUCUUCAGGAAGAACAAGGUAGAUGACCCGUCCCUCCUCUGGCAGGUGUUUGGCAGUGCAACUGGCCUGGCUCGAUACUUCCCAGCUUCUCCUUGGGUUGACACAAAGAACACACCGAACAAGAUCGACCUAUAUGAUGUACGCCGAAGGCCCUGGUAUAUCCAGGGUGCAGCUUCACCUAAAGACAUGUUGAUCCUGGUGGAUGCGAGUGGAAGUGUGUCGGGCCUGACGUUGAAGCUCAUUCGCACUUCCGUCAGUGAGAUGCUGGAAACCCUCUCUGAUGAUGAUUACGUCAACAUCGUCUCUUUCAACAAUUCGGCUAAGUCGGUUGCCUGCUUUGAAAACCUGGUCCAAGCAAACGUCCGCAAUAAGAAGAUUCUGAAGGAGGCGGUGCAGAAGAUCACUGCGAACGGCACCACUGACUAUAAAAUCGGCUUCAAGGAGGCGUUUGACCAGCUCUCCUCAAUGAAUGUUUCAAGAGCAAACUGUAAUAAGAUCAUCAUGCUAUUCACUGAUGGAGGGGAGGACAGAGCUUCAGAGAUCUUUGAUGAGUACAACCCUGAGCAGAAGGUUCGAAUCUUCACCUUCUCUGUGGGCCAGCACAACUAUGAUAAGACACCAAUUCAAUGGAUGGCUUGCCAUAACAAAGGUUUUUACUAUGAGAUUCCAUCCAUUGGAGCCAUCAGGAUUAACACCCAGGAGUACCUGGAUGUGUUGGGCAGACCCAUGGUGAAACAAGACAAGAAAGCAAAAAAUGUGCAGUGGACCAACGUUUACGUGGAUGCACUGGAACUGGGCCUUGUGAUUACAGGCACUCUGCCAGUGUUCAAUAAAACCAAGAACAGUCAAGGCAAGGCUAAGGGCCAGAGCCAGUUGAUUCUGGGGGUGAUGGCCAUAGACGUGUCUCUGGACGACAUCAAGAGACUGACUCCUCGUUUCACUCUCGGGCCGAAUGGAUAUUACUUCGCCAUCGACCCCAACGGCUAUGUGCUACUUCAUCCCAACCUUCAACCAAAGGAUCUCAAGUCUCAGGAACCAGUGACGUUGGACUUCCUGGAUGCUGAACUAGAGGAUGAGAUGAAAGUAGAGAUCAGAAGAAACAUGAUAGAUGGUCUCAAGAAUCAAAAGGGAUUCCACACACUUGUAAAGUCACAAGAUGAGCGUUACAUAGACAGGGCCACCAGAACCUACACUUGGGCUCCAGUCAACAAGACAGACUACAGUCUUGCUUUAGUUCUACCCGAUUACAGUGUGAGCUACAUCAAGGCCACAAUUGGAGAUACCAUCACUCAAGCAAAAUCUUGGAGUCCCUCAAAUAAUUCCGAAGAAACUGUUUCUGAAAGCCUGCAGGUGGACAAAUUUGAAGAGUAUGGAUAUACUUUAAUAGCACCCAGAGAUUACUGCACAGAUCUGAAAGCUCAGAGUGACAACAACACACAAUUUCUCAUCGACUUCAAUCAAUACAUUGACACAAAGACCCCCAACAACCCACUGUGUAAUAUGGACCUAAUAAACAGGAUGCUGUUGGAUGCUGGCAUCACCGCUGAACUGGCCAAAUACUGGGGCGAACAAGAACUGAAUGACAGAAUCAAGGCUAAGUUUGUGGCGACAGAUGGCGGUGUCACUAGAGUCUAUCCUGCGAGUGCUGGUCCAGAAUGGACAGAAGAGGCAGAAACGUAUGAGUCCAGUUUCUACAAGAGAAGUCUGGACAAUGAUGCUUAUAUAUUUACAUCAUACCCAACCCAAAAUAAAACUCACGAUUCAAUUUUAGCGAGUAGAGCGAUGGACCUGAGAAUUGAUGAAUUCAUGCUGAAACCAGCAGUUGUCGGUGUAAAACUGGAUAUACAGACCUGGAUGGAAAGCUUCAUGAACACUACAAUUACGCCUAAAUGUGUUGGUGAAAUCUGUGGGUGCAGGAGAAAUGAUGCGCAUCUGGACUGUGUACUUCUGGACGAUGGAGGCUUCCUUGUCAUGGCCAAUCAGGACGAGCGCAUGAGUAAGAUCGGAACGUUUUUCGGGAUGAUUGACCCCAGCCUAAUGAGAAAUAUGAUGAAUGUCUCCCUCUACUCAUUCAACAAAACCUAUGACUACCAGGCCCUCUGUGAACCCACCAGAGAAUCUAAAGCUGCUGCUGGUCUCAGAUCAGUCUACGUGCCCACCAUAGCAGACAUCCUGAACAUUGGUUGGUGGGCUUCUGCAGCAGCCUGGUCAAUAUUGCAGCAGUUGUUUGUCAGCAUCACAUUUCCUAAUUUCCUUGAGGCAGUGGAACAAGAUGAUGACCUGUCUGAAAUACCACAUAAAGAGAGUUGCAUUAAAGAGCAGACACAGUAUUUCUUUGAGAACAACGAGACAACUUUUAAGGGGACUGUUGAUUGUUUAAACUGCUCUAGGCAGUUCAUAGCUGAAAAGCUUCCGAAGACAAAUCUAGUGCUUAUUGUUGCUGACGCACAGAUAAAUUGCCUGAUAUGUGAUGAAAAUCCAUUCUCCCAGGAAGAAAAGCCUUCUGCGGGUCCAGAUCCCUGCAUGUUAGCCCAGAACCCACGGUAUCGGAAAGGUCCGAAAGAGUGCUUUGACGACAACUCAAAAGAGGACGGGGAGGAAUGUGGUGGGGCAUCAGGUCUGACUCCGUCUAUCGUGUCCAUGGUCCUCCUCCAGUUGCUGCUGCUCUGGCUUCUGAUUGGACGAGGACACUGUCUCUCGUGACCUCAGCACAGAGACACCACACCCCUCUACGAUGCCAAAACACAUACCACAUCACAUAUGAACGUUCAUCCGGACUCCCACGCCACAGCCCAGCACAUGGAGGAAGAGGCUCUGACCCAGGAAGUACAAAACCGAAGCCAUGAUCACUCACAGCCCUUGAGGUCAAAGUAGGUCGGAGAUGAUAAAUGAGCAACGACCUUUAACAUUUGACCUCUGAGGUCGGACGGGGUGGGCAGACUUAACUGGGUGGGCAGACCUUGACACUUCAUCUCCACUUUGCCCAUGGAGAUGAACUACGUCCCAGUGUAAUAACGAAAAAAUGAUCCAAUCACAACACUGCCAACCAAAGUUUCACCCUUUACCAGUGUGAUGCCUUUUUUAACCUAUUUGUCCUUCAACAUAUUUACAGCGACUAGUUCCUCAGUAUUACAAACUGUUUAUAUGUGACUUUUAUGGCCUCGUCACGUUUGCCCUGCUGAGUGAGAUAUUUAAUGGACCCCUCAGGGUCGGGUCAGAAUCCAACCUUGUUUGUGGUCUGCAGCCCAUUACUGGAAAAAAAGGACAAAUGAGCAAGUGACCCAAUAGCAAAAGUCUCUUGUUUUUCCCAGUGGUGUCCACCUCUGUGCCUCGGGAAUAUCGAUUUCAUUUCCGACCGCUGUGUGAGAACAAUCCCUCCCUCCAUUUGCCCGUAUUCGAUAUCACACGGUGAUUUUUAUCCGCCCAUAGUGCAUUCAAACGUGCACUGCUGCCAAAUUUUACCCGGUGUGUGGUCUUGCUGUACUUUGCACUUGAUGCCAAGCAGGUCGUGUGGCCAAACUGCCCCGUCAUUUUUAUUUAGGGCUUUUUAAACAACUGCCAAUUCGUACCGACCUAAAAGCUAGCUUGCAAAGUUGUGUGUCCUGAUUGUGAGUAUGAAGAAGAAGAAAAAAAUGCUGUUGCAUGUGUGUGUUUUUUUUUUUUUUUUUUUUUUGGUGCAUUACCUGUUUAUUUUAGAUCUUUUAAGAUAUUUAAAGAUUUGCUGUAUAUUUAAUUUUAAGUUUUCCGUUCUAUAAUUAAUCUGUGUGUGUGUGGAUAUGCAGAAGGGUGGAAAGGCAUUUAUGACGGUUGCUCUUUCCCACACUUUAAUAUCAUCUGGAGAACUCGGAAAGGUGGAAAGAAAAUCAUCUAAUGUUUACAGUUAUUUUGAGACACUCGAGUUUUUAUGAGAAAUGUUGCCCCUGGUUGAGCUGUCUUUCGGGUCUCUGAUGUGUCAUAUUUCACUUUAAUGUCAGAGGCAGAGCUCUGUCAGCCUUUCUUUCCUGUCAACGUGCCUUGAUGUAAAUGGAUACAUAUAAAAAUAAGUGAAGGAAUAUCACAUGUGCAAUCUGACCCUGGUAAUAUCGUCAUUCUGAUCUGACAAACAAAACGUCCGUCCCUUUAAGAGAUCCUGACUGAAUCUUUGUGCCUCAAUCAAAUCUGGUCACGAAUCCAAAAUGUAUGGAAUAAUUAAGAUUUUGAGAAGAGACAAGGAUAAUUAUG